AUUCCUUGCAAAGCAAUGCUUUCUGUGCUCGUUGCAGAUUCGUACUGCGAGACGCUGCCCAUAGACGGCCCUCCCUCUUUCCGGGGACAGUCAGUGAAGUAUGUAUACAAGCUGACCAUCGGCUGCCAGCGGGUCAACUCCCCCAUCAAGCUCCUGCGUGUGCCCUUCCGUGUCCUUGUAUUGCAUGGCCUCAAGGAUUACCAGUGCCCACAGGAUGAAGCCGUUGCACCCUCAAACCCCUUUCUGGAAGAGGAGGAGGGCUUGAAGAAAGAUUCUCGCCUAGCAGACCUGGCAACGGAGCUGCUCAUGGCAGCCACCUCUCGACGGAGCCUGCACUUGUACAAUAUCAGCAACACACGUGGGAAGGUGGGGACAUUCUGUAUCUUCAAGACUGUGUAUAAGAUUGGAGAAGAUGUCAUUGGGACAUUUAACUUCUCAGAAGGAGACAUCCCAUGCCUACAGUUUUCAGUGAGCCUGCAGACAGAAGAGAGCAUCCAGGAGGAGUUCCAGAGGCGACGGGGACAGCCUGUCUCUUUCAGCACACAUGCCCGCCAUCAGGAGGCCUGCCUGCACACGGCCCAGAGCAGUUUCAAUCUGCCAAUCCCACUGAGCUCAACUCCAGGAUUCACCACCAACAUCGUGUCCUUGAAGUGGAGGCUGCACUUCGAGUUCGUGACUUCUGGGGAGACGGCAAGGACCUGCAUGGUUCGUGGGAGCCAGUCAGAGGCCAUCACCUGGACUGGGGUGGAGCAGAUUGAAGUGGACACUUUCAGCUGGGACUUACCCAUCAAAGUCCUUCCCACGAACCCCAUCCUGGCCUCCUACGUAUCUCAGUUCUCUAGUGCCAACUCCAUCACCAUCUGAAAUGGAGAGAGCCAGUAAGAACCUGCAGUGCUGAAGGGAUUGGCUGGCAGGACCACAAUCAGUGUGCAGCAGGGUGCACACCCCAGUAUUCCUCAGGUUCGUUUGCAAGAUAUGGGUGGGCACCGGGCAGGUCUGUCCUGCCUGUGGGCAGAGGAGCAUUGUGCAUGCUGCCAUGCUCUGUGCCAUGGCCUUCAGAUGGGGGCCUGACCCUUCAUGCUUGUUGGAGCCUGAGUCACAGCCCUUGCUGCAACAAGAUCCGCUUCCCAGGGAAGGGCCUUGUGUGUGCUUUUACCCCAUGACAAAGCUAUCAAGAGAGAAGGGCAUAGCUCAGGGAUUCUGGAGCUUUUCAGAGAAGCCCCGUGCUGGCUUUGCAUGAAGGUCCUGGCAGGCCAGUCUUGUGCUGCCAGCUUAUGCUUAUGCUGGGCUGGAUGUGGCCAGCUCCAGAUGGAGCAAAAUGGCAGCAGCAUAAUAAUGAUCCAAAGCUGUAACAUGCUGAGCACCUGGGCUGUUCUUUCCUUCUGCUCUUGUAUUCAGAGGCUUCCUGCUGGUCUUGGGAUCCUUGAGGAGCUGAAGUAAAGGCACAGUGGGCAUUUGGGAGCUGGGACAGAGGUCUCUCUGCUCAACAGCCAGCUCUGCAUUUCUACCAGACCUUUCAAAGAGUUUUCCUCUUUGCAUAGUAAUCUAAUAAACACCAGAAGAUGCACAA